UUGCAGGUGGUGAACGGCGGAACUGGAACGGUCAAGUUAUCGUAAUGGUUGACGCUAUUGACGCUAUUGAUGUAUCCAGUCUUCCAUCUGACGUACGUGAACGCCUUGCUCAGCUUGAUUUAGAGUUAUCAGAAGGCGACAUCACACAAAAAGGAUAUGACAAAAAAAGACAAUUAUUAUUGGGACCUUAUUUGCGGAUUAAAAGAGAUGGUAAUAAGGCGACUUCAAGUCCAAGUACUAGGGCACAAAGAAAACAUCAGCGACGUCUUACGCGUGAUGAAUCACGUUUUCAUUCUGAAAUACAUGUUGAAGCAGUGCAACAGGCACUGGCCGAAUAUUCUGAAGGGAAAAAGGAAAAGCCGAACAUUUUACCGCCCAUAAAACGACGUGGCACUGAGAUAAAACGAGAAAGACAUCGAGCGUCUGAUAGCAGUUCCGAGGAUGAUAGUAUGUUCGGUAGUACUGAUCGCAGCAAAGGUACGUCAUCAACACUAUCAUUAAAUGAACAACAGAAGAAAAGUUUAACUAAUGGUUCCCAAAAGUCAGAUGCUUCAUCUUUUCCUCCACCUCCUGAUAUUACAGCGACUGCUGUGGCAAAUGGUGCUGCAGUGCGAAAAGUAUUCCAGGAUCGGAGAAAACAAAGAAUUAAUGAUGAUGAUUGGCAGGAGAGGAAGGUUAUAAGCGAAAAUGAGCGAAAUGCCAUGAAAAAAGUGACGGGCGCAGAGGAAACUAUAUUUAAUUCUGAUGUCAUUUAUGCAAAUGACGUUGCAGAAAGUGGCAUAGCGAUAACAAAUGUAAACAACCAAGAUUAUCAGAACGCAGUUGUACUUUCUUCGUUGUCAGCUCUGAAACCGGUCAAAGUUUCGUUGAAAAUCCAACAGUUAGUACACUCAUUGCAGAGACCGAAGAAAAAGCCGCUCCAUGAAUACUAUAACGAUGACGAUGCGGAAUUAGAAGCAUUAGCUCGGGUUAUUGAUCCAUCGGCACCGCGUCCAGAAGGUCCUAUGAUCUGUCCAGCACGUGGUGAUCAUGCAUCCGUAUCAACAAGUUUACCACGUUCUAUUGAUUCUGCAUUGCAUAAGUAUGGUACGUCACAACCAAGAAUGGUAGCCGCUGUUGUACUGGAUCAUUCUGCCCGACCGGCUUACUCACUAACAUACGGCAAACUUUUAAGUCGUGCUACAAAAGUUGCCCAUAUGUUGUUAACUAAACUUGUUCCUGGCAUAGUUGGCAAGGAAAAGGUUCAAUUAUGUAAAAGUGGCGAUCGAGUAGCUUUGGUUUAUCCGAAUACGGAACCUCUUUCAUUUUUGGUCGCUUUCUACGGGUGUAUUCUAGCUGGAAUUAUUCCAGUACCGGUCGAAGUGCCACUUACCAGACGGGAUGCGGGUAUCCAACAACUUGGCUUUUUGCUUGGGAGUUGUGGUGUGAAGGUAGCUCUUACAUCUGAUGCAUGUUACAAGGGCCUACCAAAACGUUCAUCAAGUAAUCAGAGCUAUUCUAAUUCUAGUGCUCCGUUAAUACCUGGUAGUGAAAUUAUUGAUUUCAAGGGAUGGCCACGACUUGUUUGGCUUACAACUGAACAUUUGAGUAAGCCACCGAGAGAUUGGUCAAUACCACCACGAGUUACAGAUGAUUCUGUUGCGUAUAUUGAGUAUACAACAGAUAAGGAAGGUAGUGUGAAAGGUGUAUGCAUAACUCGGCAGGCUUUACUCUCGCAUUGCAGAUCUUUAACAAUGGCAAUGGAUUAUUCGGAAUCAGAUACGAUGGUAUCAGUUCUUGAUUUCAAACGUGAAGCAGGCUUGUGGCAUUCCAUUUUAGCGAGUGUAUUUUCUGGUUUACGUGUUAUUUUUGUUCCAUAUUCAUUGAUGAAAAUCAAUCCGGCAUCGUGGAUGUUGAUGGUUACAAAAUAUCAAGCAAAAACAGCUUUGGUGAAAUCACGUGAUUUACAUUGGGGUUUAUUGGCAACUCGUGAUCAUAAAGAAAUCAAUUUAUCGUCACUACGUUCAAUUCUGGUAGCUGAUGGAGCAAAUCCAUGGUCUUUAUCGUCAUGUGAUCAGUUUGCUUCUAUUUUCAAGUCACGUGGCUUAAGACCCGAUGCAGUUUGUCCGUGUGCAGGCUCUUCUGAAACUGGUACAGUAUCGCUGCGUAAGGUUUGGCCUUGUGUAGAUGAAAGUGUUCAUAAUUCUGGCCGUGGUGUCCUGUCGAUGUCUGCUUUGAGCCAUUCGGUAGUUCGUGUGGAUCAAGAAAAUUCACUGACAUCGUUAACUUUACAGGAUGCUGGUCAAGUUAUUACUGGUGGUGUUGUUGUUGUUGUUAAACUUUCUGGGCCACCGCGAUUGUGUAUGGCUGAUGAAAUUGGUGAAAUUUGUUUGUAUGCACAUAGCACAGGUUCUGCUUAUUGGGGAUUGGAUGGUUUAUCAACCAGUACUUUCAAGGUGGAACCAUUGGGUAACGAUGACAAGUCAUUGGGACCGGUGCCGUAUGUUCGAAGCGGAUUGCUUGGAUUUCUUGGGCCGAAUGGUUUGGUUUUUGUGGUAGGUAAUCGUAAUUCGCAGAUGUAUGUAUCCGGUCGACAACAUAGUGCUGAUGAUUUGAUUGCUACAGCACUGGCUGUAGAACCAAUGAAAUUUAUUUAUCGAGGGAGGAUUGCUGUAUUUUCUGUAAAUGUUUUGCGCGAUGAACGGAUAUGCAUCAUAGCUGAGCAAAAACCUGGUGUAUCUGAGGAAGAUUCUUUCAGUUGGAUGAGUCGAGUAUUACAAGCAAUCGAUAGCAUUCAUCAAGUGGGAAUUUAUUGUUUGGCUCUUGUGCCGUCCAAUCAGUUACCAAAAACACCAUUAGGUGGUAUUCAUGUAUCGGAAACACGGCAGCGAUUUAUAGAAGGCGUUUUGCAUCCAACAACACUUCUGAUGUGUCCCCAUACUUGUGUAAUAAAUUUACCGAAACCUCGGGAACAGCAGUCGGAUGUUGGACCAGCAGCUAUGUUUGUUGGUAAUAUUGUUCAGGGUGUACGGAUUGCUGCUGCUAAGGGGAGGCAAAUUAAUGCGGAUGACGAAAAGGUAACUAGUUUGAUGGAAGUCUUACGGCAACGUUCACAAACAUCUCCUGAUCACGUACUAUUCACGCUGAUAAAUUCACGUGGAACGGAGACGGAAAGUAUAACUUGUGCACAACUGCUGAAAAGGGCGGAACGAAUUGGUUCGAUGUUAACUGAUAAAGGAAGGCUGAAUCCAGGCGAACACGUGGCUUUGAUUUUUCCACCUGGUAUUGAUUUGAUUGCAGCUUUUUAUGGAUGCCAAGCAGCAGGACUGGUACCCGUUUGUGUACGACCACCACAUCCUCAUAACCUGCAAAUAACUUUACCGACAGUACGAAUGAUUGUGGAUGUUUCAAAAGCAGUUGCAGUGAUCUCAACUUCAUCUUUAAUUAAGCUACUUAAAUGCAAAGAAGCUUCCUUGAGGGUUGAUGCAAAGGCAUGGCCUACGAUUUUGGAUGUGGAUGAUCUUCCAUCACUUAGCAAGAAAAAGUGGGAAUCUGAGUGUUUUGAGAGAAAAGCAACCGAUGUUUGUUAUCUGGAUUUCUCAGUAAGUACUACAGGACAGCUAGCGGGGAUUGUUAUCAGUAUUGCUAGUGCUACAGCAUUAUGUAGGAGCUUAAAAGUAGCCUGUGAAUUAUAUCCGUCACGACAUAUCACUUUGUGCCUUGAUCCAUAUUGCGGUCUGGGAUUAACACUUUGGUGUCUGUCUGGUGUCUAUUCCGGUCACCAUUCAUUGUUAAUUCCGCCAGCAGAAGUUGAGCAAAAUGCUGCCUUAUGGUUGACAGCAGUUUCACAACGAAAAGUUCGUGAUACGUUUUGUUCUUAUGGGGUAAUGGAAUUAUGUGUUCGGGAAUUAGCACCUCAAAUUUCUCUUCUGAAAGAGAAGGGUGUUUCACUUUCAUGCGUUCGUACGUGUGUUGUGGUUGCAGAGGAAAGGCCACGAGUUACUUUAUGUGCUGCAUUUUCUAAGCUCUUUGCACCUUUGGGUCUUAAUUCACGUGCAGUAUCUACAUCAUUUGGUUGUCGGGUUAACACAGCAAUCUGUAUGCAAGGAGCAGCGAGUCCGGAUCCGGCAACAGUAUACGUUGAUGCACGAGCAUUACAUAAUGAUCGUGUAACGCUUGUUGAAAAGGGUGCACCACAUAGCAUAGCAUUAAUGGAAAGUGGAAAGUUGUUACCCGGUGUGGAAGUGGUAAUUGCAAACCCGGAAACUAGAGGUCAGUGUGCCGAUUCACAUCUGGGUGAAAUUUGGGUUGCAUGUUCACAUAAUGCAGUUGGUUAUUUCACAUUAUACGGUGAAGAAGCAUCAUUGCAUACUGACCACUUUAAUGCAAGGUUAACAACUGGUGACACUCUUAAACGUUUUGCACGUACGGGUUAUUUGGGUUUUCUUCGGCGGACACAAUCCAUAACGGCUGAUGGAGAGUUACACGAUGCAGUAUUUGUUGUUGGUGCAUUGGAUGAAGCACUGAUGUUACGCGGAAUGAGAUACCAUCCGGUGGAUAUCGAAGCAACCGUAAUACGAGCUCAUCGCAAAAUUUCUGAAUGUGCCGUAUUCACAUGGACGCAUCUUUUGGUUGUAGUUGCCGAAACUGAAAGUGCGGAAUCAGAAGCGUUAGAUUUAGUACCAGCUAUAACAUCUGCUGUACUGGAAGAGCAUCAUUUGAUUGUGGGUGUUGUGGUAAUUGUUGAUCCUGGCGUGGUACCAAUAAAUAGUCGAGGAGAAAAGCAACGGAUGCAUUUACGGGAUGCUUUCUUAAAAGAUAUGCUUGAUCCCAUUUAUGUCGCUUACAACAUGUAA